GUGAAGAUUUGAAAGAGUACUGUCUAGUGCUCUUGGAUGCAAUUUUUAUCUUGCACUGUCCAGGAUUUCUAGGAGGGAGUUUUCUGUUAUGUAGAGCAUUGAAAUGCAGCCAGUUUGCCAAAACUGGUCAAAUAUAAUGGUCACUUUUUAUCAUGAUGAAUUGAUAAUUGUGUGACCCAUCGCGUUUUGAGUCUCCUGAGUUAGUAUGGCUGCCACACUUGAAGUCACGUUUGUGCCACACAUAGAAAAUGUUUUGUUUGUGAGUAGAAUAUAUAACAUAUUGUAAUAGAAUCAUGAAGUUUCUGGUUCACAAUUAGUGUUCAGACCUGGUGCACUCUUGUUUUCUAUGUUUAGCUAAUAAUUGAGUUUUUAUCAGUACGGAGUAAACACUGACAACAAUUUUGACCUUGUUUUGUGGGAUCUUGUUUUCAUUUAGGUUUGGUAGACAGAGAACAUCAUGUUAUCUUGCUUUCUCUGUAGAGACUUCUGCCUGGGUAAUCUCCAGUUAAAUCAUAGGUAGGUAAAGGCAGUCAGAAGAGUCUUAGCUGACUUCUGCCUUGAGUUCCUUGGGGAGAGAGGUCCACAUUUGUGAAGUACAAAGGAUUGGUAAAUUUUCCCUCGCUCAUAAGGUUUGUUGAAACAUGGUUUCCUCUACCAUGAUUUGUGCUGUUCAGUGUGACUAUUCUGCUUGUGCAUGUUGAGGGUUGUGUUUCUGUGUCUGCACACUCUAGGGUGCGUGCAGUGGUACUCUGUCAGCACUACCCAAAGGCAGGGUAGGCUUAGCACUUUAGCUGCAGCUGCCAUUCAGCAAGGUUGUUGGACAUUUCUGCAUGAUCUGCGGUAUGUUUCUUGUGUGAUUUCCUGCGGUAUAUUGUAAAAUAACAGUUUGAAAGUCACGAGGCAGAGUGGUUGGUUUUUAUACAACUUAAGUAUUCAUAGCUCCUUGCUGUUCACACUGUACACCUUCAGCCUAAGUCUAGUAAUAGAGCUGUGCCAGAAGUCAGCCUGAAACAAACAAACAAACAAACAAAAUGUGGUCGGUUUCUGUUGAGGCUUAAUGAUGGCAUAUGGCAUCAUAUGCACAUUUGCAUGCUUUCCACCUACAGAAUUAAAGAAGGGUUGUGACCUGUGCAACCUUUGUGUUGUGGUUUAGCCCCAGCUGGCAGCAAAAAACCAUGCGCAGUUUGCUCGCUGCCCCCUGCCCCGCAGUGGGGCCAGGGGAGAAUUGGAAGAAAAAGGCAAAACUUGUGGGUUGAGAUAAAGGCAGCUUAACAGAACAGGAAAGGAAAGAGGAGAACACCAGCAAUAGUACUGAUAAAGGAAUAUACAAACAUGCUUAAUGUACAGCCUCUCACCGACCAGAUCCCGGAAAGCCCAGCCUGCUCCCAGGUGAGAAUGCGGAAAAUCCAGGGGAGAUUCCUGUGCUCUAAGCCUGAGCCCGUGUCCUGUCCCAGGUCCUUGUGAAAAUUAACCCUAUCCCCACCAGAACCAGAACACCUUGUUUAGAGAGAUAUAAGUGGAACCAAUGUAAAAAGAGGAAGUCUUGGGAAGUCAUGAUCUUAAAGUGGGAUUUGUAACAACAAGUCACUGGUAUCCCAUGCCUCCCAGUUGUCAGGUUUUGUGCAGGAGCUGUGUAUCCUGUUUUGCCAGUAGAGGCCACAGUCACUACAGUUCCUGUGUAGUCAGUAGCCUCAGCAUUUUCACUUCCCCAAGACCAGCCUACCAGCCUUUCUGGAAGAGGUGAGAUUUUGGCAGGCUGCUGUACAAGGAAUAGAUUGGGUACUCAGGCAGUUCCAGAGGAAGCCAGAGGAACAAAACCAGGAUGCAGGGGAGUUGAGGGAAAUUGGAAGAGACUGUAAGUUAACAAAAGGACAGGAACAUUUUGGGGAAGGGCGAGAGAGGAAGAAAUAAGAAGUGAAACAGUAAAGACAAAGAGGAAGAACAGUGCCAGGAGGGCUGGACCUUGAGACUGCUGCAUGAUGGGAGACGCCUCUCUCUGGAAAGAGCCAACCUGGACUUGGUGUUGUCUGCGAAUAUUUUUCAGAGCGCUUCCUCUUUCAAAAUGUGACUGGAGUCGUGAUUCAGUUAAGACAGAGGAACUGAUGCAGGGAGAGAGGCGUUGAGGCGUGGGGUAUCACGGAGACAGAACCAUUUUGGACCUGAAGAUCAGAUGGCGCUUGUCCUGUCCCUCUCUGCUCUCCCAGCCUUUGGAUAUAAGGACAACUAGCUCCAGUGAAACAAGUCAGAUUUUCUGAACUUUUUCUGGCGGGCCUUUUGAAAGGAAUUCGUAUGUCUCAUUCUAUCAAGGGCUUCAGAGAGUGUGGUGGCUGUACUGAUUGCAGCAGGAAAUAUGUGAUCAGCAAGGAAGAUACGGUGACCAGCAGAUCAUACUGGAAACCUUACCAUUAGAGGCAGAGUUCCAUACUUCAAAGAGGAUGAAAAUACUGAAAGUUAAUUAAUGUUUAAGUUUUCUUGCAAAUGGAGAAGUAUAUUACAUAAAUAAUCUCAGAUGAAUGUUUAGCUGUUUUGUUCCCAGUAUUCACUUAGUACUGCUACUGAAUUAGGUGCUGAUAGUUGACUUUUUUAAUUUUGGAAAUAAUCUUCAAUGGAAAUGCAUGUUAAAAGUACUAGGGUGAGUUGGGGAGGGACUUCGGAGAAAACAGGUAAGUUGUGGAAGAUCUGGUGAGUUGGAGAAGGACUUCAGAGAAAGAACGUGAAGUCAUGGAUGGUCUGGUGACGCAGCAGGACAGUGGCACUGAAAUAUUUUUAAAUGGGAAGUUAUAAUUGAUUCACCCUUCCUUCAUUGUAUGGAAACAAAUAAACUGAGCUAUGCUGUAUGCUCGGAAGUCCUGGCCAUGCUGCUUAGUGUGUCCCCUUAAAACAGAAGCAAAACCUGAUUAGUUUUCUGGCUUGUUCACCAGUUUUUCUCACAAGCACUGUAAUAAUUAGUGUUCUGAAAUUGGAACCAUGAUAGGUGGGGUAGGGAACUGCUGCGUUAUGACCACAGCUUACUGCUUUGUUCUAACAUACUUCUUGUAAGUCAUGUGACAGUACGGACCAUAGUACAAAAGUUCUUUUCCUAGAACUUUAGAAACUAUGGCUGUCUCACUUUUUUCAGAGUUGUCCCAUCAGUCCCUGAGCCUGGUGGUGUAAAAUUAUUGUUAUUAUUAUUUAUGGAUUUAUUAGAAAAUAUUAUUAUAAAUAGUUUGCUGCUUGUAUCAAUUGUGUCUUUAAUUUAGUAAAGUGGGAGAAAAAGAAACAGUUAAACAUUGUUUUAGUGUGCUUCCUGUAUUUACAGACAGGCUUAAAUGUAGUGUUUGGUGGCACAUCUGUUGAAGUUGGAAUAAUUUUGUGGGUUUGAAACUUACAGCCUUUGAGAAAUAAAAAUCAGAAAGACAUACUUUUAUAAGCACAUACCUCGUAUCUUAAAGAAAAGGCAUAAUUUAUGUGAGAGAGAAGAUAACUUCAUAACUAGCUACCAAGAAAAUAUUCUUCUCUUUUCUUACAUAUUCUUGUAUAAAAAUAUACAGUCAAAUCUGAGCUUGUUGAAUAAUGAGGUUAAGCACAUAUGAUUCAUUCGGAUACUGGUGGUUUUGUGGUGAUAUGAGCUAAAUGUCUGUUUAAAAGUUCAGUUUUAAUAGAUGUAAAGAAAACAGUGUUUGGGUGUAGAGCAUGAAUUGUAUAUGCUGCAUCAAAAGGCAUGUUUUGCUGUUUUAUCAUUUUUUUUGGAUAGAGGUUUAAGAAGGUUUAAGAUUCAGUUGGAUGUUCACUUUUGCUAACUAACAGAAUGCUGACCAAGGGCAUGUCACAGAAACCUGCUUUGCUAUAGAGUGGUCUUUGGAAGACAGGGGAGUGCAAUUGUCUGCUAAUGAGUUUUGGUUUUUUCUUUUGAAUAUUUACAGUAGUACUAAUUCAGUUAGUCAGAUGGGCUACCCUGGAGUUAUUAGCCCUGGUGUUGAAAGAUUUGCAGUAGCAGUAAGAUUAAAACAGAUUGCCUAAUAUUCCAGCAGUGUAGGAGUAGGAAGUUUCUAUUUAUUUUUUCCCACCAGAGAGGCGCUGGAGGCAGGUCUUUUAAGUGUCAGGGUGAGAUAGUUGGAAGACUUGCACUUAGUAUUUUCUAACUUUCUCUUGUACUCAAAAGUUGGAUCCAUAAGCCAAAUUUCAUAUUUCUAAAGCUGAUGGAGGAAGCGGUGGAGAAAGUAGGUGGUAUUUGAUGCUCAGUGAAACAGAACUAGUUUGACAAGAAUUCUCCUGGCCUUUUAAAAAGCGUUGACAUGAUUUGUAUUUGAUUUUAAUAUUACAAAUUGAUUGAGAGCUGGGAACUUAGUUUUACUUGAUGCAGAUAAUCCAAAACAGGAAGAGAUGCUUUGGCUGUGCUGACCAGGUCAGAAGCAGUGUAUAAAAAUGAGAAGCCAGGUAGCUUAGAAGAGUUAUACUCAUGUGAACUCUUAUCUUUGUGAUGAUGUAAAACCUGUAUCUUUGUUAUGGUGUAAAAACCUAGAGGUCUCAUUUACUACAUAGUCUGUAUUUCAGACUGGUUAUUCCUAAAUGGGUUCAAACCUCAAAAAAAAAUAUCUCCAAACCCAACCAAAACAGCAGCAGCCUGCCAGAAUUGUACAUCCUGUAGAUCAAUGCUUCCCACUGGCUAGACACACCAUAGGAAGCAAGAAAGAUCCAUGAUUUUCUCUGUUGAUUUCAGGUAGUACGGAGUUUUCUAUAUUAAAUCGAGAGAACUGAAGGAGGCUCUGCUGAAGUACUUUUGAUUGCAUGUAUUUAUUUUGGGCUGUCCUCAUGAUGCAAUACCUUUUAUAAUCAUGUCGUUGCACUAUUGUAACUGGCAAAUGAAAUCAACUUCUGUUUGUGUUUAGAUACAAAUUCUGAUGUGAAAUGAGUACAGACUUCCAGAAACUCCUUUUUCAUAUUUCUGAGGCUUUGGUCACAGAUGAACUGGCAGCUCUGAAAUUCCUUAGCCUGGAGCACAUCCCCAUGGGGAAGCUGGAAGCCAUCCAGGAGCCCAAGGCCUUCUUCAAAGCACUUCAGGAGAAAGGCAUGAUUGAGGUGGGGAACCUCUCCUUCCUGAAGGAGCUGCUCUACCGGAUCAGUCGGAUCGACCUCCUGGCUGCCCAUCUGGGCUCCAGCCGAGAGGAGAUGGCGAGAGAGCUUCAGAUCCCGGGCAGGGCAAAGGUGUCUGCCUACAGGGAACUGCUAUACAGAAUAGCAGAAGACUUGGCUCCAGAUGAUGUCAAAAAAGUGAAGUUCCUGCUUAAAGAUCGAAUGCCAAAGAACAAGCUCCAGGAUGAUGCUUCUAUGUUGCAGGUCUUACUGGAAAUGGAAAGAAAUGAGAUAAUUAAAGAAGAUGACCUGUCAGUGCUGAAAGAUAUUUUAAAGGGAUUUAGAGCUGACGUAAAGAAAAAAAUUGAUACCUAUGAAGAAAACAAAAAAGAAAAUGAUUCUAAGGAAAAUCUAAGGAAAACCUCCAGUAUCUGUGCACAGUCUGUGUCUGUGCAUCCAGCAGGACAAGGAGCAGAGGGAGAGACACCACACCUGCCCGUGGAAUCAUAUAAGAUGAAAAAUAACCCCCAUGGUUACUGUGUGAUUCUUAACAACCACAUUUUUAAAAAUCCAUAUGACGUCAGAGAAGGAACAUUGGAAGAUGAAAAGGCUGUGAAGAGAGUCUUUGAGUGGCUUCAGUUUAAGACAGUUGUCCACAGGAAUCUAGAAGCAAAGCAAAUGUAUGCAGAACUUAAAGAAUACAGCAAAAAAGAUCAUAGUAACAUGGAUUGUUUUGUUUGCUUCAUUUUUUCCCAUGGUGAAAAAGCCAAAAUAAAAGGCACUGAUCAUGAGCUUGUAAAUAUUAAAGAUUUACUCUCCUGCUUCAGUGCAUCUAAUUGUCGCUCUCUCGCUGACAAACCCAAGCUGUUUUUCAUCCAGGCUUGCCAAGGCUCUGUAGGUCAUCCAGCUGUCACAGUAAAAGACGACUUUUCUGGGCAUCUUGAGACGGAUGCUAUCCCUCUGACCACCAUUCCUGAUCAGGCUGAUAUUCUCGUUGGCAUGGCUACGAUGGAAGACUAUGAGUGCUACCGCUCUCCGGAGACUGGCAGUAUUUACAUUCAGUGCCUCUGUAAGAAGAUGGAGUUGCUUUGUCCACUCCGCAAGGAUCUCAUAACCAUCCUGACAGAAGUGAACAAGGAAGUGGCAGCAAGACUAUUAAAUGGAUGGAAGCAGAUGCCAGAGAUAAGAUCAACCCUACGGAAGCAAUUGAUCUUCCAAAUUCCACAAUCUCAGUCAACUGGAAAGUAGAAAAAUAAGAAUACACAUAGUUAGGAGUCACAUCAGUAACGGACUUCCACAGGGAAGAGAAUUUGCAAGAGGAAUUAUCUGGAUCUCUGUAGUUAACCCCAGUCCUUCAAGGGGCCAUGGGACCUAAAUUUUCUAAUUACCAUAUUUAAUCAGUCUACUGGCACCUGGAACUGUAACGGUCUGGUAGGGCCAUGGAGGAGUACAGGUCUGGCUUUCUGCCCUAUAGAAUCUGUUCAGUUGUGUGUCAAGUGAGGAAGCACUUCCAAGUAGUGUGAUUUUUAAGAGUUACUGGAAAUGCCAAUAGAAAUCCCAUUUCUGUCUGAGUUGUUAUAAGUCCCUGAAAUCUGAAGAAAAGAACAGAUGGAUUCAGAAUGCUAGAUCCUUUCCCAGGGGGCAUGUGUAAGGUUGUAUCUGAUUUACCCAGAAGUGAAUCAUUGGCUGUCUCUGGAAGCUGUAUAAUUUUUCAUGGAAAAUACCAUCCCUGUCCAGAAGGACCAAAAAAAGAUAAUGAUGGUGAUAGGAGUUUGUUAUUUUCCUCCAAAUAUUUGUUUCUCUUUGUGUUAUCAAUUGACUGGACUAAACAGUGCCUCUGUUUAGGUUUUUUAAUAGGAAGGGUUCUUGUUGUGUUUUUUCUCAGAGCUCUUAUGGGACAGUCUGUUUUGAAUGGCUGUUGACUGCUGGAAGGCAGGUCCCGUUCCAUUAAAUCUGCGACUCUGAGAUUCCUUAUCUUCCUGGCAGCUGGCUCUAGCUCUUGUGGACUCUUGUUUCUGUUGUAAUAAAUACUCUUGGUUUACACAUCA